GGGCCGGGAGAAUGGGGACCUGGAAAGGGGGGCUGCGAUACCCCCCAACUCGGUCCCCUUCCCCCUCCCGCGGCUGCGCGCUGAGGCUUGCAGCGCUGCUCGGCAUGACAUCAUCCUGCUCUGGGGGCCUUCCGGGAGGGGGGCGAGCCGGGUAGGAGCGGCCGGCAGGCUGGGGAGGUGUGUGGGGGGAGAGGAGGGAGCCGAGGGGAGCGGAGCCCUGGAGGCGCACUAGGGCGCAGGCGGCCCGGCCAUGAGCAGCCGGGCAGGCCCGGGCCCCGGCCCCGGCGCCCCGUCUUCUCCCCCGCCCGCCUCCCCGGCCACCCCGAGGCCCGGGUCCGAGGCCGGGCUGGACGAGCCAGAUGCCCCCACCACUUUCUGUAAGCUCCUGCCCAGGAUGUCUCCAUGGAAGUUCGCGGGCCCCGCCGCCUUUCUCAGCCGCAGCCCCUCCAGCGCGGGCAAGGAGCUGGCCCCAGCAUCGGCCACCAAGGGCGGCGGCCUGGAGGAGGUGUCCGCUCCGGGAUCCGGGACUGGGCCCGGCCUGGCCGCGGUGCUGGGCGCCUGCGAACCCGUGUGCGCCAGCCCCUGCUCUUUGCAGCUGAUGAGCCGCUGCCGAGGCACGAGCGGGGCCCGCCAGGCCGGGGCUGCGGCCGGAGCGCGGGGAGUUGGGUCCGGGGCGCGACCACCGCUGGCCGGCGACGAGUGGAGUCGCAAAGGCAGUUUUAUCCACAAGCCCCCGCAGGGCUGGCUGCACCCGGACGACAGGGUCCUGGGGCCCGGGGUCUCCUACAUCGUGCGGUACAUGGGCUGCAUAGAGGUACUACGUUCCAUGAGGUCCUUGGAUUUUAACACCCGGACCCAGGUUACCCGGGAGGCGAUCAAUAGGCUUUACGAAGCAGUGCCUGGUGUCCGAGGUGCCUGGAAGAAAAAGGCCCCCAACAAAGCCCUUUUCUCCAUCCUUGGGAAGAGCAACCUCCGUUUCGCUGGUAUGAGUAUUACAAUCAACAUCUCCAUCGAUGGGCUCAACCUUAUGGUGCCCACCACUCGCCAGAUCAUCGCUAACCAUCACAUGCAGUCCAUCUCCUUCGCCUCCGGUGGCGACACGGACAUGACCGAUUACGUGGCCUAUGUGGCAAAAGAUCCCAUUAACCAGAGAGCCUGUCACAUCCUGGAGUGCUGUGAAGGAUUAGCCCAGAAUGUCAUCAGCACUGUGGGCCAGGCCUUCGAGCUGCGCUUCAAACAAUAUCUCUACAGCCCCCCCAAAGUGGCCAUUCCCCCCGAAAGGAUGAUGGGGAACGAGGAGUCAACUUGGGGUGAGGAGGAGGAUAUUACCGAACAUGACUAUUAUAACAGCAUCCCUGGGAAGGAGCCCCCCCUGGGCGGUCUGGUGGACUCCCGCCUCUGGGCGCCCAGCUACAUCCACACCCAGCCCCCUAGCUCGGGGGCUUUCAGCCAGCUUGGAUCCCCGGCCCGGAGAGAGCAACGGAGUCAGGCUGGCCUGCACUGGGACCUGGGUCUCCCUGGCCAGCCCUGUGAUGAUGGCUACCUGCAGGCAGACAGCCGGCCUCUGGGCUCCCGGGACUAUGAGGAGCACAUGUAUGUGAACACCCAGAACCUGGAGAGCUGGGAGACUGAGCCUGCAGCCCCGGAGGAGAGCCCUAAGAAGGACCUUUUUGAUAUGAGGCCCUUUGAAGAUGCCCUGAAACUUCACGAGUGUUCCGUGGCCAGCAGCGGGCCUGUCCCCAUCGAAGACCAGUGGCCCAGCCCUCCCACUCGCCGGGCUCCCAUUGCCCCAACAGAGGAGCAGCUCCGUCAAGAACCCUGGUACCACGGCAAGAUGAGCCGGCGGGCAGCCGAAAAAUUGCUCAGGACAGAUGGGGACUUCCUGGUGCGGGACAGCGUCACUAACCCCGGGCAGUAUGUCCUAACGGGCAUGCACGGGGGUCAGCCCAAGCACCUGCUCCUGGUGGACCCCGAGGGCGUGGUACGGACCAAGGAUGUGCUGUUUGAGAGCAUCAGCCACCUUAUUGAUUACCAUCUGCAAAAUGGGCAGCCCAUCCUGGCCGCUGAGAGUGAACUGCACCUGCGGGACGUGGUGAAGCGAGAACCCUGACCCAGCCCAGGGGUGUGUCCCGGGGAGAGGCUGUCCGCUUUCCGGGGGCCCUGGACGGGGCUGUUUAAAGAGAGACGAAAAGGCCAGGCUACAAGUGUCCUUUCCCUCACCCACUCCUCACAUGUACUGCAUCAUAGAACAUAAGGUUUUAGAGAUGGAAGGGCUCUUCCAACAGUUUAUCAGAACUGGAAGAGUUCUCAGAACAUGAAUGUCAGAACUGGAGGGCCUCUAGAACCUCGGUGUCUCUGCCAGAAACUCAAUGUCAACUUAUGUAGGUGGGCAGAAACGAUCUGCUCCUGCCCUCUCUGGCCCUCCUUUUCUUUGUAAGAUGAAGGGUCUGGAUUCGGAGGCUCUUCCCAGUCUGACAGUGUAUGUUCUAAGAUCCCUUUUAGUCUAGACGUUCUGUGUUCGGUGUUCUAGGUCCCUUUUUGUUCUGAAGUCCUACGGGUCCUCUCCUCUCAGUGUCCCCGCUCCCAGAUGGUUCCUUCUCCAUCUGCUUGCCUGUGCUCACCCUUACAGCUCCAGCUCUAGCCCUCCCCGCCCUCCUUCUUCUUGAAUGCGUACGUCUCCGCCCAGAACUGAGCCUGGAAUUGCUGCCAUCACCAUUCGCCUUCUGAGUGAAGGACCGGCUGCUGCUUCUCCCUGGGCCAAGGGGGACAGGUCACUCUGGGUCUCUGGGAGCCCCAGCCUCCCUUCCUUGCCUUCAUUCACCUGGCGUGAAUGUGUUCAUACCAAAGAUGAAACUUUUUCUGACUUUUUUUUAAACAAACGAAUAAUAAUAACAAAAUGAUGGACAACUUCCAAGCUGGUAACCUCAUUCUCAAAUGGGUCCGGGCUCCCUAGGAAAUGCCGCCCACUUCUUGACUGGAACCCGCAUUCUUCUUCUGUAAAAUGUAGGUGCUCAAUUCCUGGGAGGCGAGGUUAAGGUGCUUGGAGAUCCUCAACCUGGAUGGGGGCAGAGUCAGAGCUAAGGUGAGCUCUGAUGGGGAGAGACUGGACCCAAGAUCUUUGGCCCUGUUCUUGCCCAGACCACCCCUUCUUCUCCCCUCUUCCCUCCCUCAAUGCUCAGGAACACUAGCCUAUGAACUUUAAUGGGACAAUCUCUUUUGCUCCUUAGGGAAAAGGAGGCCAUAUGAUAUCAUAGAACCUAGAAUUGUUAUGGACGUUAAUAAUGAGCUAAUCUGAAGUCCUGGUAACCUUGGCAUUUGGGAAGUGGGACUUAGGGCCUUCUGCUCCUCCAUUUGUAUCACUCCCAAUCUUCUUUACAGACCCUACUAACUCAUUCGAGGUUCAGAUACUAGAGGAUCCAGGGAUGCAGGUGGGAAAGUCUCCCCACAUCCCCACAGCAAGAAGAGCUCUUCUGAAAGAAGGGGGUCACUAAAUCUAGUCCCCUAUUUUACUGAUGGUCCCACAGUAAGUUGGCAGCAGAGUAGGGCAGGAGGAGGUGGAACUAAUUGACUGGAUAUUCCAACACUGACCACUGAACACUGAACACUCAUUCCAUCCUUCCCCAGUACUCCACGCAAUGACCACAGCUCUCUCCCUCCGUUACCUCUCCCGAGAUCUGGCAUUCAGAAUCUGUUUAUAAUUAAAUCUGGGAGUGGCCAAAACUUGGCUUCUUUUACACUGAGUUAUCCAGUCUGGAAAGAAGCUUCUCUUCCCACCUUCGGACCUAGAACUGCCAGUUCCAGGAGAUGGUGACCCUAGUCCAGGAACUCUCCUCUCUAAGAAAGAAGUUAGGAAACUUCUCCCGGUCCACUCCCAAGCCCUCUGAUAGGAGAAGUGCAGGUUGGGAAGGUUUCAUUGGUGUGAGGAAAUGCUUUCUCUGCAUCCUCGGCUCAAAGAAUCCCCUGCACCAAUGGUGUCAACCUCAAAAUAGAAAUGGGAGCCACUGAUUUGCAGGGAUGGGGAUCCCUGCAGACUGAAUACUUAGAAGACCACACAUAGGAACAUAAUCUCUAUUUUGUUGUAUUUUAAUUUAUUUUGUUAAAUAUUUCCCAAUUGCAUUUUCACCUGGAUCCUGCCUCACUGGGCAAUGCUGUGGGCUGCACCCCUCUGGCCCAGAGUACUGAGAGACUAAACAAAAUGCCUCGGAUCACCCAGCCAGUAUGUCUCAGCAGCAGGAUUUGAAACCGGGUCCUCUGGGCCACACAACUGGCUGUCUCAACUUCUACAGGCUUUGCUGUUCACAAAUCACUGUCCUUACAGCAUUGCUGGGGAAAGGGUAAGAGAAUGAAUUUUAUGCCCAUUUCACAGAUGGAGAUAACUGAAACUCCAUUCUCACCUCAGUGAAUCCUAGAUCUUCUGAUUCCAAAGUUCUGGGAGCUUUUUAGCAUGGUAACUCCUCUAUGGAGAUCUUGGCUCAGAAGGCUUCUUAGGGAAAACUGGCCCUCCAAAAUCUCCCUAAUCAGUAUUCAUGGGGAAAUCAUCCUUUGGCCUAAUUUCUCUCUCAAGGAUGCCUUGGACUUUUGUUCUGACAUGCCCAACUUCCCUCCCAAAGACUGCCCCAACUUCUCCCAAGAGAUACCACAAUUUCUCUUUUAAAAACCUUUCCUAGGCUAGCCAGUUAGAGCAGUGGAUAAAACAUUGGCCCUAGACUCAGGAGAAGUUCAAAUUCGACCUCAGGCACUUAACACUUACUAUCUGUGUGACCCUGGGCAAGUCACUUAACCCCAAUUGCUCUCAAAAGAAACCAACAGAAAACAAGCAUAAAAAUCUUUCCCAACUUCCAAGAGGUACUAACUUUUCUCUGUGUUGUUGUUCAGUUGUGUAUGAGUCUAUAACCCUGUUUUACCAUAAUAUACCAAUACUGUCCAUGGGGUCUUCUUGGCAAGGAUACUGGAGUGAUCUGUCAUUUCUCCAGUACAGAAAGCCUGGCAGAGGUUAAGUACAGCCACUAAGUAUGUGAGGUCACAUUUGAACUCAGGUCCUUCUGAGUCUAUCCACUGAGUCAGUUGCCUCAGUUUUUCUCCUGGACUACCCUGUAUUCUAAGACACUCAAAUUUCUCUUUCAAAAAGGGUUCUAUUUCUCUCCAGAGACAUUCUGACUUUUCUCUCAGACUCCCCAACUUCUCUCAAGGGCACUUCAACUUCUCUUUCAAAAAACUUCCUC